AUGGCAGAAUGGGAUGAGACAAACCGGAAAGCGCCAGAGAGGAAGAAGCAACGAGUGAAUCCGCUGGAGCGGGAUCCAAAAGACGUUGUCCUUUGUGGAAACUACGAGCUGACGCAGCACAGCUUUCUUGUCAAGAGGCAUACCUACAUAGACUUUGACGAUGAAAAGGAGACAGCUCACAUGAAACAAAACGGUGGACUCUACGGAUAG